CAUCAUUUUUGGACAUUUUAGAGACCAAACUGGAUAUAUUCGUUAGUUGCAGCUCUAAUAAAUAUGUCCACGUGUCCUUCUGGUUACCGUUAUGUCUUGGCCAGAGUUUAACCAACUAAACAUGAUGAACUGUAGUUAUGUUAAUCUCUGGGUGUGUUUGUUUCUUCUCGUCAGACAUCCCGGAGGAGUGGAGUCUGCGCUGGCGGGGAGACUUUGAACUCAACCCUGACCUCCACCUUCCUGCUGAGAACAGAUUCAUCGCGACCGACUUCACCCUGAAGGAGUCGGACUGUCCCGACUCCGAGUUUCCGAUCCGGAUCGUGAACAACGAGCGCGGCCGCCUGUGGUACAAGAAGGACAACAAGUUCAAGAUCCCCAAGGCUUAUAUCCGUUUCAACCUGAUCUCCCCGAUCAUUCAGAAGAGUCCUGAGAAUCUGGUUCUGUUCGACCUGUUCGUUAACAUCCUGGCCCACAACCUGGCGGAGCCGGCCUACGAGGCCGACGUGGCCCAGCUGGAGUACAAGCUGGUGGCCGGGGAGCACGGCCUGGUGGUCCGCCUGAAGGGCUUCAACCACAAGCUGCCGCUGCUGUUGAGACUGAUCGUGGAUCAUCUGGCGGACUUCAGCGCCGACCCGGGCGUCUUCAACAUGUUCUCAGAGCAGCUGAAGAAAACCUACUUCAACAUCCUCAUCAAACCGGAGAGACUCGGCAAGGACGUCCGUCUGCAGAUCCUGGAGCACAGCCGCUGGUCGGUGGUCCAGAAGUACCGGGCCGUCACCGCGGGCCUGACCGUCGACGACCUCGGGGCCUUCGCCGCUGGGCUGAAGGCGGCGCUGUACGUCGAGGGGCUGGUGCAGGGGAACUUCACCAGCACG